CCAACCUAUGCGAAUAAACUAGAUCCCCUCCCACUGUGCCACUCUCUUCGGUUUAUCCGCCUUAACAUGUACAAACACAAUCCCAAAUCUCAAUAAGAACUCUCUAGCUCUCGUCUCUGUAACUCAUAAUUUGGAAUUAUCCCCUCCAGAAACCACAUUUCUCGAUCAUCAUGUCGCAGUCUCUCCAGCUUUUUACUACUUAUCGGUCACUGAAGAUCACUAUCCCACAAAGACGCUCCUACUCUCUUCCCGCAACCUCCUAUCGUCAGUCCACAGUCACCCUACCCAAGCGCACUACCCUCGCCAUCAAAGCCUCCUCCUCCUCGCCACCACCGGAGCUCGACUCUUCGUCCCAAAUACUGCUCUCCGACAACGGUAAAGGCCGGAAGGCGGAGGAGGCGUUAGCCACGUCAGCAACGCCUACGGUCGUGUCGGCGAUUGAGGUGGAUACGGUCACGGAGGCGGAGUUGAAGGAGAAUGGAUUCAGGAGCACGAGAAGGACGAAGCUGGUGUGCACUAUCGGGCCCGCCACGUGCGGGUUCGAGCAGCUGGAAGCGCUUGCCGUGGGCGGUAUGAACGUGGCCCGCAUUAACAUGUGCCAUGGUACCCGCGAGUGGCACCGUGCCGUUAUCCAGCGAGUCCGUAGGCUCAAUGAAGAGAAGGGCUACGCCGUCGCCAUCAUGAUGGACACUGAAGGCAGCGAGAUCCACAUGGGCGACCUAGGUGGCGCUCCUUCUGCUAAAGCUGAGGAUGGUGAGAUCUGGACAUUUAGCGUUAGAGCUUUUGAUUCUUCACGCCCAGAACGCACCAUCAAUGUGAAUUAUGAUGGUUUUGCUGAAGAUGUAAAAGUUGGGGAUGAACUCUUGGUGGAUGGUGGGAUGGUGAGGUUUGAGGUGAUUGAGAAGAUAGGUCCUGAUGUCAAGUGUCGAUGUACUGAUCCUGGAUUGUUGCUUCCCCGAGCAAAUUUGACUUUCUGGAGAGAUGGAAGUCUUGUACGAGAACGUAAUGCCAUGCUUCCCACAAUUUCUUCCAAGGUUGGUUCUCUGUCUUCUUGUUUGACUUCUCCUUUCAACAUGUGGUUGACACGAGUGAAUGAAAGUGAAAAAAGAGAUUUUUUGCUUAUGAAAUAUCUGAAUUUCUAUUGA